AUGGCAUCCGGGGGCAGCAGUGAAGAGGCGCAGCUAGCUCAAUGUCAAGCCUAUGUGCAACGGCAUAACAUUCAGCAGUUGGUCAAAGAAGCGAUUGUUAGCUUAUGUAUAAACAAACCUGAAAAUCCGAUCUUAUUUCUCAAGGAACAUUUCGAAAAGCUCUAUGAUCAACGAUCUCAGGCAUGUUGA